GAGACCUUGACCACAACUGAGCAUUUUUUUCUUGUACCCAACGCUCGCCUCACACACACUGUUGCUUCAGUCUUGCAUGCAUCUCUGUACCGUGCGGAUCCACUCCUCUUGUGACUUGUGAUUGUGUUGUGGGUUAAAGAAGGAUGGCGCGUAGCGCGGCUGUAGUGGCGAUGGCUGUGAUGGUGGUGGCGAUUGCUGCAGAUGUACCAUUCAUUGAGACUAAAGACGGGCGCGUCUCAGGCAUUGUGGAAGAGUCGUUGAAGGGCCGAGACUUUUUCUCAUUCUACGGUAUUCCUUAUGCGCAGCCACCCUUGGGAAAGCUGCGAUUCAAGGACCCUGAGCCCUUUCUAAACUGGGCGGACAUAGGUGAAGCCUCCAUCCCUGCAGCACCAUGCAUCCAGUUUUCAUCUGCGGCAAAGAAAAUCGGAAAGAAUGAAGUGUUGGGUACGGAAGACUGCCUCUACCUCAACGUCUUUACACCCAAGGUGAAAGAAAACGCGAACUUACCGGUUAUGGUCUGGCUUCAUGGAGGAGGAUUUUAUCGUAGUAGUGCCGAAGAAUUCCUUCCCCACGUUCUCCUCGAUCACGACGUUGUGCUGGUGGUGGUGCAGUACCGGCUCGGUGUCUUGGGUUUCCUUUCUACCGAGGACUCGGUAAUGCCUGGGAACCUUGGCCUCAAGGACCAGACCAUGGCGCUUCAGUGGGUGAAGAGGAAUAUCCAACUCUUUGGCGGAGACAAUACGCGGGUCACCAUUUUUGGGGAGAGUGCCGGCGGAGCCUCGGUUCAUUUCCAGAUGCUGACAACAAGAGCGAAAGGUCUUUUUUCCCGUAGUAUUCUACAGUCCGGCACGGCGCUGUGUCCCUGGGCCCUCAACAAUAGUCCUCGGAAAGAAGCGCUUCAAGUGGGCAGUACUCUUGGCUGUCCUACAGACCAGAGUAGCGAGGCUCUCCUUCUCUGCCUGCAGGGAUUGGAUGCAAAGGCCCUCUUUCCUCUUAACGAAGAUUUCAGAAAAUGGUUUACAUUACCACUUACCUUCACUCCUUGGGUGGACGGCCACUACCUGCCUGACCACCCUGCCCAACUAAUGCGUGACGGGCGCCUCGCCGAGGUGGACAUCAUAUCGGGCAUCACCAGAGACGACGGAGCUUUCUUCGCUUUACCUGCAUUAGCCGAGAAGCAUUUGCUGGAAGAACUACAGCACAACUUCAGUGUGGCCGGACCUGCGUCCCUUGAGCUUGUGGGCAGGAGCGAGGACCCAGUGGGCGUGGCGCGCCAGCUGUACCACCACUAUUUGGGCACCACUCACGUCACUGAGGCGCACGCUGAAAACUUCAUGAGGAUGCUUACUGACAGUCACUUUGCCGUGUGCCAUGACCUCACCACUGCCCGCCACGCCCAGGCAGUGCACCCCACCGGCCGCACCUUCCGCUACGAGCUGCAGCACUACGCACAGCUCUCCCUGAGUCAGCUGCUGUGCCCUUCCUGCGACAAGAAGUGGGUGAGUCACGUUGACGACCUGUACUACCUGUUCCGUGGCGGCCCUCUCCUGACGCCGCCAACCGCACCCCAAGACCGUCCUAAGGACCUGCAGCGGCCUGACGACCUUGCCCUCAGAGACAUCAUCACGACUCUCUGGACCAACUUUGCUGCCACCGGGAACCCAACCCCUGACGCCUCCCUGGGCUUCACGUGGGAGCCCAGCACAGCAGACAACCUGCAGUACCUCUCCCUCACACUCACGCCCUCUAUGCAGCCCGACAAUCGCAAGGAGACGCGCAGGUUCCACAACUCCCUUCCACUCCAGGAAAAUCUAAUCCUUCAUCCUCACCUGGUGGAAGGCGGACCAGAUGCACCAGAGGAUGCCACACGCUCCCUAAAGACUGAGCUUUAAACCACAAGUUUUCUGGAAAUAAGCCCGUAACAAGCAUCUCAACUUUUGCAGCUUCGCUUUUCUGCGUUAUGUAACACCGCCAAUGAUUAACGGGCAUACCACUGUUCAGGACGGUCUUUAAGAUUCAAGCCUGUCUGUAAUCGUAUAUUAUGAAGAAUAUAAUUUUUCAGAUAAACUGUAAAUAUUAAUGAAUGAAGGAUAUAUUCUGAUGCUUUGCUAACGAGUUCAACAUACCUAGGUAGAGAAGCAGUGUUUUGCUAUUCCUCUUAAUUAUUGCAAUAUGAGUACGAGUAUCUGGCCCCACCACUCUCCCACGCAUUUCCGAAGUGGCGACAGCGUUCUCGAUUUGCUAUACGGGGAGAGAACUUUUAUUGCAUACCUAACUCACCUUCCUUAUUGUUUAAUCCAACACAGAAACAUUACUGAUGUUAACACGUCAAUCUAUGUAGAGUGCUUGCUAUUUAUGAUAGUAUUGUUAAGUAUUAAAUAUCAGUUUGAAUUUUAUGUAUUCCUGUGAUACUGCAGAGUUAUGAAAGCAGUUGUAGCAAAACUUAGAGGAGACGCGUCAAUGUUGUAUGCUUAAUGGGGGAAUGGGAGGGAAGUGUAUGACGUGAGAAACCUGUGAAAUCGUGUUCUUUCAAGGAGAGACAACAAAUCACCCGUUGAGAGAAGGACGUUAUUAUAAUAAAGGAAGACAUGACAA